AAAAAAGAGUUGUCGGUGGAGGAGAGGGGAGAUAAAUUUUUAUAGAAUAGUUAUAAUUUUUUUCCGUUGCAUAUCUCCGUAAUACAAUAAUCCCAAAAAUGUUGGUUCAUCCAACGGGAAGAUUGAAAAUAGCAGCUACCUACAGAGUCAAUCAGCCUAUCGAAAACUUUGUUCUGAGGAUAAAAAUCGUUGAGCAAAAAUCGUUGUUGGCCGAGUUGUUCGAGGAGAACGAGAGGGAGGAGAGGCAAGAUUCGAAUUAUCUAGUGAUCGAGGAGCGGGAUUUAGCCUGGCAAGAGAAAAUUUUCAGCCCCAAUGAGACGAAAUUGUACGCGGAUGAGAAAAAUUGUGUGAGCGAUUUGCACAAAGAGUACAAUCGUAAGAUUCUCCUUGCCGGGGAUGAGGAGCAGUCGACGGGAGUCAUGCAGAAAGUCUCGCGAGUGUACUCUUACACCCACCGAGACUCGUAUUAUCCAGAUAAAUUAAUAUUAACGAAUAAUUACGUGAGCGAGCUAUCGAAAAGAAACGAGAGAGCGCUACCGAUUGUAAAAAAUCAGAAACCAUUCUCCGAGCGUUACAAUAAAAAAGUAGUCGAGGCAGAUGCUCCAAACGAAAAUCACUAUCUUUACAAAGAUCGUACGAGGAUGUACAUACUGGCCGAUCUUUCCUCCAAGGACGAGCUCAUAACGCUCUCAAAUUCGGAUACUUCGAGCCUGGAUUCGUCGGAAAUUUUAUUAUGCACCCUGACCUACGAUCGAGCAGCGAAAACUCUUACGAUUGAUCCCGAUUUAACGUCUCAGAUCGAUAGUUACACCAUUCGAACGAACGAUUUAUAUUAUGAUUAUUGGAUCGAGGACGUUUCAAACCGAACAGCUCCCGAACCACUCGACGACGAUACCCGUAAAUCCCAUAGUUUAAUCGAGAGAAGAGGAAGCGGGUAUUACGAGCAGCAGAGGCGGAGAGAGAACGCGGAGAUGUAUCGAGAAAUGAUGAUGCCACCGGGCUGCAACGUUUUAAGAUUGUUCGUAAAUUUGGAAAUCGCGUCGGCCGAAAAUUUUUUCUACGAGCCGCUGUUCGUUAAUUACAAAGUUGAUCUGCCUCGAGAUUGGACAAUAAUCGGCAACGAUGCCGAUGAUGCCGGAGAACGUUUGACCGGAACGAGUCAACGGUGUCAUCCAAUAAACGGGAAAGCUCAUUUCGGUUACCUCACCGAAAUUUCACUUGAUUUUGACUUGAACCGUCUGAACGCGUCCGAAAAUGUACAGCCAGCCUGGCCCUACCUUAUAUUCACCGUCGGUUCGAUUGACCAGUGGACGAGAUACCGGAACGAAGGUUACGCGUGUAUACCGCUACCCGCAUCCCCCGGUACUCAUAGUUUCGUCUUACCAACAUGGCGGCCAAUCGGCCGAUUGGUCAACGUAUUGCGAAGAUUUUUCACCGGCGGAACGGUCCAACUGGAGGAUAUUACUUACUGCGGCAUACCGGAACCUCGGCAAUCGACCAGGCACCUCGAAAAGACACCUCUCAAGGUUAUUUCUGGUGGCUCGAUAACGAUUAAUCUUAAUAUCGCUCAUCAGAGUAAAAUAUUUACAAAAAUACGGGAUGAAAGAGACGAAGGACGCAACUCGACGAGCCUCAUCAACAGUUUGGACAGUGUCCUCGUCCAGUUCAAGGCUGCGCGGGAUCGAAUGAUUCGGGCCAGAUGCGAGUCGAUCGAUUACACUCCCGUUUAUCAAUAACAUAUCGCAUAUACGCGCAUGUCCGCGAUCCGGCAAAAGCGUGAACGGCGGACGGCGGGGUACGUAUACCGCCGCUAGCUGCUCCCUCAUCCUAAUAUAUACACGUACGAAUAGCUACACCCGAUCAUAACGGAGCUGAUUUUUAUUUCAA